UCCAAACACAACUGAUCGCAUGUACACAAGGAAAUGCUGGUUAUCGGCAUUCCUCUCCUCAUGCUGACAGCGCCUUCACUGAUCAUCAGGGCACUGAUGAUCAGUACCCUGAUGAUCAGUGUAGCCCCAUCAGUGCCACCUGUCAGUGCCCAUCAAUGCCACAUACCAGUGCUCAUCAGUGCCACGUCAAUGCCACAUAAAAGGUGCCUACCAGCGCACAUCACUGCAACAUAUCAGUGCCCCAUCAGUGCUGCCUUUCAUUACCAACUAUCAGUGCCAGUCAGUGUCACAUAUCAUUGCCACCAGUGCCAGUCAGUGCUGCCUAUCAGUGCA